AUGGCGACCCCCAACAACCUGACCCCCACCAACUGCAGCUGGUGGCCCAUCUCGGCGCUGGAGAGCGAUGCGGCCAAGCCGGUGGAGGCCCCCGACGCGCCCGAGGCGGCCAGCCCCGCCCAUUGGCCCAAGGAGAGCCUGGUUCUGUACCACUGGACCCAGUCCUUCAGCUCUCAGAAGGUGCGGCUGGUGAUUGCCGAGAAGGGCCUGGUGUGUGAGGAGAGGGACGUGAGCCUGCCGCAGAGUGAGCACAAGGAGCCGUGGUUCAUGCGGCUCAACCUGGGGGAGGAGGUGCCCGUCAUUAUCCACCGGGACAACAUCAUCAGUGACUAUGACCAGAUCAUCGACUACGUGGAGCGGACCUUCACAGGAGGGGGCCGGGGCAGGACCCGUUGCCCCCCAGCCCAGCCCCGGCUGUGCCCCACAGAGCACGUGGUGGCCCUGAUGCCUGAGGCGGGCAGCCCACAGCACGCGAGGGUCCUGCAGUACCGGGAGCUACUGGACGCGCUGCCCAUGGACGCCUACACGCACGGCUGCAUCCUACACCCCGAGCUCACCACGGACUCCAUGAUCCCCAAGUACGCCACGGCUGAGAUCCGCAGACAUUUAGCCAAUGCCACCACAGACCUCAUGAAAUUGGACCAUGAAGAGGAGCCCCAGCUCUCUGAGCCCUACCUUUCCAAACAGAAGAAGCUCAUGGCCAAGAUCCUGGAGCACGAUGAUGUGAGCUACUUGAAGAAGAUCCUCGGGGAGCUGGCCAUGGUGCUGGACCAGAUAGAGGCGGAGCUGGAGAAGAGGAAGCUGGAGAAUGAGGGGCAGAAAUGUGAGCUGUGGCUCUGUGGCUGUGCCUUCACCCUCGCCGAUGUCCUCCUGGGAGCCACCCUGCACCGUCUCAAGUUCCUGGGACUGUCCAAGAAAUACUGGGAAGAUGGGAGCCGGCCCAACCUGCAGUCCUUCUUUGAGAGGGUCCAGAGGCGUUUGGCCUUCCGGAAAGUUCUCGGAGACAUCCACACCACCCUGCUGUCGGCCGUCAUCCCCAACGCGUUCCGGCUGGUCAAGCGGAAACCCCCAUCUUUCUUUGGGGCAUCCUUCCUCAUGGGUUCCCUGGGGGGGAUGGGCUACUUUGCCUACUGGUACCUCAAGAAAAAAUACAUCUAG